UUCAUAAAUCUUUUAAGAGGCAACUCAUGAUUUUGAAUGACUCUUCGCCGAAGAUUCGUAUGAAUGACUCUUUUCAAAAAAUAUAUUGAUCACAACAAUAAGAACUAAAAAUUGUUCAAUAAUCACAAAAAAAACAUUUACAGCAUGGUGUACUGUUCAUAUAAUUCUUUUUUUACUUCGAAAAAAAAACUUCCUUUCGUUUACGAAUUCGAAUGUCUUCCAGAAAUGCUUUAACACGUUGACUGCCACAUCACCCAUUUCGUGGAUGAUACAAACUCUUCCCAGGGGGCCACAUCACCCAACUUCUGGGUGAUGACAAAUGCACUCAACGAACCCGCGUACGAAUGAUGCCGUGUUUGCAAAAUAUUCUGAGAAAUACGGUAGGUAAAAAUUAGUUGCACCCUGAUAACCAUUUUUAGUUUUGAUUAGAUCUUGUCGAAGUCGAAGACUUGUGAAUAAUGUAACAUUAUUCAACGUUUAUAAGGCGUAUUUGUUUGUUUCGGCUACCAUUUCCUCGUAGAUUAAUAAUCAAAACUAUAAAGGGUUUCGGAGUCAUAUCUAAAGGCGGCUUAGCAAAGCAGAUUUCUUCCACAAAAGCAAAUGAUUUUUGUUGACCGAUAAAUUCGCUUCAUGCAGUUGAUUGGAUUAUUGAGGUAAGCUUUCAGGUUUUCUCUCUUUGUCUAAGUCAAAUUAUCUAAAAAUAUCUGAAGAGCAAAUUCAUCACAUACACUGUAAUUCAUCAUUAACAUUGUAAUUAUCAAACUCAGAAUCAGAAGACAGAAGAAAUUUCCAAGAAAUUAGCAAAACAAACGACAUCAUAAUACCGGUUCAAAGAGCGAUUUGGUGGCAUGACGGGCAAUUCACUGAACAUGUACCGUGGCAGUCAACGUGUUAAUUUAUUCAUCUUCUCAAAGCAAUUAAGGAAUUUCACACAAAUAUUUAAAUACAAAAUUCAAGGGACAAUCACCAUAUAGAAUCCUGUGAAAAAAAUAUUCCAUUUUCAAUUUUCACUCUCCAACGAAACUACCCAUCGACAAAAGGACAAUAAGAAGCAAGAACUAAACAAUAAUAUACCAUACAUAUUUAUGAACCGUACGCAUACAACUACUUCUGCACAAAUAACUUAACUACACAUGGGGAUUUAAGUCACUAGCGAUGCGACACGAUCAGGCAAAACCUUUUCACGACAAAUCUCGCUAUCCCUUCCAUCGGUCACGCGUACCGGGCAAUAACACGGUCGUAAAAAGCAACAGAUAGAUUUACGAUUUUCAACCAGCUUUGCCUUAGAAGCUUGUCAACAACGAUUUGCCAAUGAAAAUCCCUGUUUUCCUAUGCAUGGAAGACGAAGCGCAGCAAAUGGCAUAAAAACCCCAUUUUUGCAUGGCUGAGUCGCACGAAUUGGAAAUAAAACCAAACCGGACACAAAUUCCCGAUACAACAUCGCAGUCCCCGGUGUACAAAGUGGGACGGGAAGAGUAACAGUUUUGAGUUUUGAAAAGUCAGUCAACUUUCAGUGGUGCUAGCUGGUGGCAUGUGUUAUAUCUCCAGCGUAUUGAAAAAGGGGUUUAAAAUAGCACUUGUAGGAAAAAGUAACAAAAGUGCAAAAGUGAAUCACUCUUCAUCUUAUCUGUUUCCGGUGUAUGCACCGAAGAUGUAUCGGUUUGCUUUCGCUGUGGCUUUGUUUGGUUUCGUUUGCCAUUUUGGUUUGACGAAAAACUAUUCACCAUAUUACUACUGUGAAAAAAAUUACUGUCCCGUGGGUAAACCCAAUGUGGGUUGUGGAUGUAAAUUUAACGAAUCGUAUGGACCGGGCUGUAGCGGGAAAAGUGCCACGUUGCAUAAGUUCAGUAGGAAGGAUAUACAGUUUGUACUGCAUAUACACAACCAUCUUCGAAAUUUGUUUGCUUGUGGGUUGAUAAACCGCUUUUUCCCAGCAGUGCGAAUGGUUCAACUGCGUAUAAACGAAGAUUUACAAUCGUUGGCUGAGUGCAACGUGAAAAACUGCACCUACGGGCAUGACCAGUGCCGUAGCACGGAACAUUAUCACUAUGCCGGUCAGAAUAUCGCCAAACGUACCGUGUGCGGACGAACGCUUACGGUUAGCGAGGUAGUUAACAGUUCGCUGUACGCCUGGUUCGACGAGUACUGGGACACCAAGAGUGAAAUGUUGGCGAAAUAUCCGGACUAUAGCCUCAAGAAACCAAUCGGCCAUUUCACCCUGCUGGUUAACGAUAACGUAUACUUCAUCGGCUGUGCGAUGGUUUCGUACGCCGUGCGCAUUAAGGAUUAUUUUGCCGAAACUGGCGAAGACUGUCGGGCGUACUACUUUGUCUGCAAUUAUUCUUUUAUCAAUCUGAAAAAUCGUGCCACAUAUACGGCGGGCGUAAAGCCAGCCACCAUGUGCCAAUCGCACCACAGUAAACAGUACCCCUGUUUGUGCAGCGUUCAGGAGCCUUACUCAACGUCCAUAGAUUGGCAGGAUCAGGUUCUUUGAUUGGGUUGGGAACAAUUUUUGUUUAUAAAUAUGCUAAUGUUUCCUGUACUCCUGUCUGUUCAAGAUAUGACGGCUGCACUGCAUGCAUAUAAAUAAAUCGUUAUACGAAAUUGUUUUAUCGUGUUGUGAAAAAUUUUCACGUUUUAAACAUUCAGAUAAUCCUUGAGAUACACGGUACGCAGAAGUUAAAGCACAAAAUCUAAGCAAAUAAGCUUUAAUUUAGUUAAAAAUGUCUCCAAAUUCAAAUAAACAUUUUUUUAUAUAAAUUUAUAAAUUAAGUCUAACUCCGAUGUAAUAAAUGAUAACUUUAUGAAUAAAUCAUCAAAUCGGCAUAAUAUAACCUGCUAUAAGAUAAUUUUUAUAUCAUAAUUUUCGCUCUCGUUUAUAGCAAAAUUUAAGUAUCCACUAUAAGUAUA